CGAGGAGGUGGUGUGUGACGACAGUGGUGUGGACACGACGGUGAUUCGCGCGGACGCAGCGCGGUGCGGGCGGCGCGGCGCGGCGCGGCGGAAGAGAAUCGACAGGAACCGAUAUACGCUUACAUGCGAUGUUAGCCGCUUGUCGGCCGAGCAAACUUACACCGUUUUUCUUUCUCAGUGCGUGCGUCCUAACGCCACGCCGAUGUGAGUCGGAGUAUUGUCCCGAGCCACGAUAAAUCACGAUACAAUAUUUAGAUUUAGAAGUCGCAGAGGUAGCACGCGCACCACGGGCUGCAUCAUGUUCUGGACAAAUAAUUACGUGUCAUCGCCGCAUAUCGAGGCAUUGCUCAAUAAAGAGGAUGUCACGUUGCACGAGCUAAUGGAUGAGGAGGACAUCCUGCAAGAAUGCAAGAGUCAAAAUAAAAAGCUGGUCGAAUAUCUCACGAGGCCUGCUGUUAUGGAAGAAUUGGUUACAUUAACCACUAAAGAACCAUCUACAGAUAUCGAAGAACGUUGGCGCUAUAAGUAUCCCAAUGUUGCCUGCGAGUUACUCACAUGUGAUGUGCCUACGUUGAAUGAGAAACUGGCAGGUGAUGAGGCACUUUUGGCCAAAUUAUAUUCUUUCAUAGAUACAGAUCAACCAUUAAAUCCACUACUUGCCUCAUUUUUCAGUAAAACCAUUGGAGUGCUUGUCGCUCGUAAAAGUGAUCAGAAUUGGUAUUCCUAUCAGUUCACAUGUUUACAGGUUUUAGAAUUUCUUAAAAGUCGUCAGAGAUGCGUAGAUCUAUUGUUGCAACAUUUAGAGACUUCUGCUAUUAUGGACUUAGUACUCAAACUUGUUACUCAGGUUGAGGGCAGUGAUAUGCGUCAAAACAUAUUAAAUUGGCUAGAUAGUCAACAUUUAGUGCAAAGACUGGUAAAGUUGUUAGCACCUACUUCAGAAGUAACCAAACAUGCUAACGCGGCACAAUUACUUUGCGAUAUGGUGACGGUAGCUAGAGAAACUCAACGUACAUCUACAGAACGGACUGAUCCAGAUCCUAUUUUAAAUACUUUGGAAUCAGGAGAGACUGUGAGCCUAUUGCUAGAAACUAUCUUAACAGUAGAAAAGGUAGAAACCAGUAUUGUUGGUGGAAUACAAGUGCUUUUAGUACUUUUAGGUCAAAAAACUAGCAAUGCAUCAAAUGAAGGAGAUGUACAUGGCAAUGGAGAAGACACCACAGACAAUGAACAACGUAUUAAAAUCUCGAAUGCUACUUUGCCAUAUUUGGAACAUCUUCAUAAACUUCUUUUGGAUCCACCAUAUAAACCUGCCGUUAAAACAACUGUUGGAUUAUUGGAAUGUCCAUUAGGAAACACUCGUUUGCAUGUAGCAAAAUUGUUAAGCGCGUUAUUAUCGACAGAGAAUUUAAAGAUCCACGAAAGUUUAGCAAAUUUGGGAACAUUCCAAACAUUGUUGGAUCUGUUUUUCAAAUAUACAUGGAAUAAUUUCUUACAUACGCAAGUACAACAGUGCCUGGCCUUAGCUAUUAAUUAUGGACAUCGGGAUAAUGAUAUUAUUUAUAAUAAUAUAUUUAUCAAGUGCAAAUUAAUAGAGAGAAUCUUAGAAGCAUGGGAUAAAAACGAAAGUAAACAAAACAAGGAGAAUGGCGUUCGCCAAGGCUACAUGGGGCAUCUGAUAAAUAUUGCAAACAAUAUUGUCACCCAAUGUGAGAAAAGUAAUAUAUUGGCCAGCUUCUUAAAAAACAAUUUAUCACCCGAGUGUCUUACUAAAUGGGAGAAUCUUGUGAGUGUACAGUUGGUGGAAAUUAAUAAAAUUCAUCAAACUGUAAUGAUGGGUGAUCAAACUCCAGUGUACCUGAUGAGUUCCGAGGAAAAUCCAGACGAGUACAACUCUUACUCUCAAGAGGCAUAUAUCCAACAGAUGUAUUCCAAUUAUCAAGGUCAACAAAUAACGCCCCCGUUCAUCGAAAACUUCGGAUUUCAUGACGAUGAAUUUAAUGACGGUGAUGAUGCGCUUCAUAAUCCAGUUGACCAAUUAACAACGUUGGCCUUUACUCUCAGUGAAGAAGAUCUCGACAAACGAGAAGAAAUGUUCAAUAAGCUGUGCCAACAAAAACAAAAAGCUGGACUCGAGGAUUGCGGUAGCGGCCUAGAAUGGGGAGAUGAAGGCGAGCUUACGUUCCAGACCGUGGUGGAUAAACGGGAUUGGCAUUCAAAGCAACAACAUCAGGAUUCUAGUUCAUCGGACGAGGAUGACGAAGACCCACGCGAUAUGCAUAUGGAGGUUGAUACAACGGAUCCUUGGGACACUGCCGAACCGCUGAGCACUGGUACCAUACUUCCGCCAGUGAAUCCGUGGGAUGUAGUACCGUCGGAGCCAGUAGAAUCUACUGGCUGGGCAAACUUUGAAAAUUUUGAAAAUACCUUGAGUAUAGAUAACAACGUAAAGGAUGAUAAAAAUCUGUCCGAAAUUAAAGAGAAAACGUCAGAAACAACGGCUACAAAUUUAACGGAAAAGAACGUGGCCUCUAAAAGUGUUAGAGAUGAUAAUGAAAAGUGCAGAGAGAACGUAGAUAGCCAAGUAGUCGGGACGGAAUCAUCAAUUACGGGAACUAAUUUCAAUGACAGCAAAAGUGACGAGCACAAAACGAUUUUCACGAAUGUCGAUUCUAGCGAGUUACCAGUCAAUAGAGAUCUUAAACAAGCGGAGCAGAUCGAAAUCGUAAAGGAGAUGGAAGAGAACAUGGGGAAUGAAAAAGUAUCAAUCGAACAUCAAGCUCCAGUCAUUACUUUAUCUACUGAAAGUGCAUCUACCGUUGACUCCUUGCCAAUAUCUAAAUGAAACGUUCCCCUUUGCCUAUGUUAGAUGAUCUAUGGCAAUAGGAAGAGAGAAUCAUAUCAGUAUCGAGUCGUACGCGAACGAUCGGAAGCAUAUUGCGCCUUCUCUAUUUUUCAUUAGACACCACGUUAAUUAUGCUUUAAUAAGAAAACGUUAAUGCUGGGCACACUAUAGUCCCACUGCAGGGUAUCUCUUUGAAUAAAUCCGAAAUACUGAAAAUGAUCGACGCUCAACUAUACUUAGCGAAUAAUUUGAUGUUUAUUACAUAUAGAUACACACCCCCCCAUCUCCCUUUUUACCCCCCCCCCCUCCUGAAUGGCCAACAUCUAUAAGUAUACCUGUAAAAAUCGAGUCCCUUUAUCCUAAACCCCAUUAUAUUUUACGAUUAUUGUUAAGAGUUUCGUAAAUUGUUAUUUAUACGUAACUGAUUUUUAGCGAAGAAAGUAAAAGAAUGCGAAGAGUGGGAAAGAUAGGUUGCAAAGUCAUGAUUUUUAUGCCACGCAAUUUGCAUAGACAAUUAAGUAAAAA